AAGCAUUUUAUAUGCUACACUAAGGUCAUGCCUUGUUUUACGUUGCGCCCAUUUUGUGUCAGUUGUAUAUUUUUUUAUACCAAAAUUUUAUAGACUAUUGAGAUAUGAACAAGUUAAUUUAGGUGUAGUAAAUGUCUUUCUUUAUGGAUAUAUCCACCCUUUGAAUCCAGUGUUGAAACCUUCUUUCUAGUUGGCAAUGAGUUUAAAAUCCAAGAAGGGAUUUUACCCAUUUUUGGGUAAGAAGAGCAAUUAUCCGUUACUGGUGGCUUUUUUACUUUUAAUGUGUGGCACCGGGGGAGCGACGGUCACAGAAAAGGAGCCAGAGCGACCGAAAGGACUCAAUAACCCAGCGGUCAAGACUCUAACGACCGAGGAUGGUGAUAUUAUCGAUUGUGUGGAUAUCUACAAGCAACCUGCCUUCGAUCAUCCACUACUCAGAAACCAUACGAUCGAGAUGAGGCCUAGUUUUAUUCCAAGGGUAGCGGAAGGCAACGGUUCCCUCAGAUUUUUGACGCGACAGAUUUGGCAAAAGAACGGAAGCUGCCCUGUAGGAACAAUCCCCGUUCAAAGGAUUCGAGAAACGAACUUUACUAGGAUAAGUGGCGCCUCAAAAAACUUCAGUUCGGAUGCAGAGUUUGCCAAUUGCAGAGUAGAGAUUGCUCGAGUAGAGAAUCAUAGAGGCGGCCCCCAUUUUGGAGCACAAGGUACCAUUAGCGUGUGGAAUCUAGAUGUGAUGAUGAUGGAAUGGAGCUUAAACUCAGUUACUCUGUUUGAUGUUCACGACUCCUUUAUGGAAGCUGGAUGGGCGGUUGGCCCAAUUUUAUUUGAAGAUGUUAAACCGCGAUUAUUUGUCAAUUGGCUGGAUACAUCUGCUGACAUGGGCUGUUUUAACCUAAGAUGUCCCGGUUUUGUCCAAGUAUCAAACUGGAUCGUGCUUGGGGGAGUCCUACCGAAGAUCUCAACGUUCGACGGGGACCAAUUUUCCUUCACCUUUACAACCUAUUAUGUAUAAUUGUUUCUCUAUCUGACAGCGAAUCAUAUCAAAAUCCUAAAAUCCUAAUUCUUAAAUUGAUAUUAUGG